AUGGCCCAACUAACAGCUCGUACCGUUCUGUCAUCGCUUUCGAAGCGAACCUUGAUGCCUGCUGUUGUCUCACGUCGUUCAUUGGCCACAGAGGCUUCACCUGAAGACUACGGUUAUUACCCAGACCCUCUUGAGCAUGCUACUGGUCGUGAAAAGAAAAUGCUGUUGGCACGUCUUGCUGGAGAUGAUGAAGAAGAGUAG